AUGGCGGCGAGAUCGAGCUUCAAGUGUGUAGCACUGAAACUUGGUGGGAAAAGCCACGUAGUUAUCUUCGACGACUGCGACUUGAAGAACGCCGUGAAAUGGACUGUGGAGGGUCUCUGCAACUUUUCAGGCCAAGUUUGCGUUGCGGCCAGUAGAGUAUUUGUCCAGGAAGACGAAAAGGUUUAUAUGAAGGAAUACGUAAACGCUUUACAAGUGAGUGCUGGGAAGGUGGGCAAUCCAACCGCAGUUGGUACAGAAUUCGGACCACUCGCGGAUAAGGCACAGUUUGACCGCAUUUCGGGCUUCGUUGAACCAGCACAAAAAGGACCAUGA